AUGGAUAUCGCAGCGUCCGUUGCGUCUGCCUCUGCAGCUUCGAGCGGUUUGGGUGGUUUGCGCGAUGUGGCGGCAUUAGAUGGGGAUUUGUUGAACAGUUCUCUCUACGACGGCUUGAGCUCCUCCGCUGCUGCUGCUGCUACUGGUGUUGGCGGUCGUGCUGCUGCUGCUGCAGCAGGAGGCCCUCCUCCGUCUGCAUUUACUGCUCCGCAUCCGCUUGAGCUGCAGCAGAAGCGGUAUCUGCAUGCGCUGGAGGAGCAGGAGCUGCGGCGUGCUGCUGCUUCUUUUGGGGUCCACGCUGCACUACGACUGAAGACAGAGAGAGAAAUGUGUGCAACGACCCAGCGGCUUCCGGGUCUUUCUUCUUCUCUUUGGGGGCUGCAGGUGGUGAUGGGGUUAGAUGAUCAAAUCCUCGCAGAGGAUUACUUAGGCAGAGAGAAACCAGAAGUUGAGGGCGGCCCCAUGCUGACUGUACAUGACCGCAUUGAACGCGCAAUGGGCAUUUAA